GAACCGACUUCUCAAGCUACCACAUGAUGCUUUUGACGGCUCCGCAUCCAUUGACCGUGGCUGCGAUAGGUACUGUGCUACUAGGAAGUCUGGUGUACGUCGCUUUCGGCUGGUGGAAGCUUCGACAAUCAAGACAAGAACUCGAGAGAAAUACUAAAUGUCUUCCGCCACGUGGUAUAUACCGUAACUUGGACCCCUUCAUGGCACUUGACAUGAUACUGUCUAUAAUAUCUGCAGCGAGAAAGAAGAAACUGCUCGACUGGUUCGACGGCAAUUUUCAGACAUAUGGUCCAACAUACAUCGUCAGCACUAUCCCAAAAUACACUAUCCAUACCACCGAGGCCGAGAACAUCAAAACGGCUUUCUCUCUGAAGUUUGAUGACUGGUCUGCCAGGCCUGGGCGCCUGUCUUUCCAACAUAUAAUGUCUGGUUCAACAUUCAUGUCUGAUGGUGCUGCAUGGUCUCAUUCAAGAGGCAUCCUGCGACCUACGUUUGCUAGAGAUCGCAUCAAUGAUCUUGAUCUACUCGAAGCUCAUUUCCAAAAACUACUCAAGCUGAUACCGGAUGAUGGAUCGACCUUUGACUUAGGUGCCCUGUUCCAUCGGUAUUCAUUCGACGUCUCAUCAGAAUUUUUGUUUGGAGAGUCACUCGACUCUCUCGGAAAUCAGACAGAAGCCAAGGCUCGGUUGGUCCAUGAUAUCGAGCUUGUCAUCCAUGAUGCAGCAGACCGCGCUCGCUUGUCUCUGUUAUACCGUUGGCUCAAACGCCCAGGUGUUGAUCAAGCAAUUCGCAAUGUACAAAGUGCUACGGUCAGAUACGCGCGAAUGGCUCUAGAGCGAGCAACUCAGGACAAAAUCCACGCUCAUACUCAGAGCUCAGACAAAGAGCGUACCCAAUAUUCUUUCUUAGAUGAAAUGGCGCGCCAGACACAAGAUCUCCACAAGAUGUCAGAAGAAGCGACUAGUCUUAUGUUCGCUGGNAAAGAUACGACUGCCGCAUUGCUCGGUAGUUUGUGGUAUCUGCUUGCCAGGCAUCCCGAGGCAUGGACGAAACUUCUCACAGAGGUUGAUCAACUUGAGGGAGUAGCGCCCACAUAUGAGUGGAUCAAAAAUGCCAAGUAUCUGAGAUAUUGUGAGCAUGAAGCGUUGAGACUUUACCCAGCGAUCCCGAUAGCACCACCUAGGGUUGCUAACAAGAAUACUGUACUUCCACUUGGCGGUGGCAAAGACGGCAAAUCGCCUUUGUUUGUGCCAAAAGGCUCGAAACUGCUCGUCCACAUCUAUUCUGCAAACCAUCGUAAAGAGGUUUACGGGGAGGAUGCCGCAGAAUUCAGACCAGAAAGAUGGGAGGAUCUCCGUCUGGGCUGGCAAUUUGCAAUCACUGAAGCAUAUUACCUUACUGUGCGCCUUAUGCAGCACUUCCGACGGAUUGAAUGUCGCGACUCGAGACCGUUCACAGAGGACCUCGCUGGCGUCACAUUGAACCCAGACGGCGGCGUCCAAGUCGGUCUGUAUCAUGAG